AUGUUCGCCGCUCGCCGCCUUACCACAAGCGCUCCCCGCGUUUUCACCCAGAGAGCUCUCUUCCACAAAACCGCGCCAGCCUUCGUCCAGAAGGGCGACGCCAUCCCCGAUCUCGACGUUCUGGUCGAGGCCUCUCCCGGCAACAAGGUCAACCUCGCCAAGGAGCUGCAAGGCAAGGGUGUUAUCAUCGGUGUCCCCGCUGCUUUCAGCCCUGCUUGCUCUGCUACCCACAUCCCUGGGUACAUUUCCCACCCCAAGCUCAAAGAAGCUGGGCAGGUCUUUGUCGUCGCUGUCAAUGAUCCAUUCGUGACCAAGGCCUGGGGUACAUCCCUUGACCCCACUGGCAAGAGCGGCAUUCGCUUCCUGGGCGAUCCCACCGGAAAGUUCUCCGAGGCGCUGGAUGUUACUUUCGACAGCACGACGAUCUUUGGCAACCAGCGUAGCAAGCGCUAUGCCCUUCUCGUUGAGAACGGCAAGGUCAAGGAGGCAUUUGUUGAGCCUGACAACACGGGUGUCAAUGUCUCCGCCGCUGAGAAGGUGCUCGGCUAA